AUGAUUCUCAGUGCAUUCAUUCUCGUUCUCACGCUGGUCGCUGCCCUGGCCCCCGAAUAUGACUUCAUCGUCGUUGGAGGAGGAGUCAGCGGCCUUGUCGUCGCCAACCGUCUCUCUGGGGAUCCCAGCGUCUCCGUUCUCGUCAUCGAAGCCGGUCCAUCAGUCCUCGACAACGUCAACGUGACAGAUGUCGAUGUGUACUCCCGUGCCUUUGGCACCGAAAUAGACUGGCAGUUCAUAUCUGAACCACAGCUCUUCGGCGGAGCACAGAUUCUCCGGGCCGGACGAGCGCUGGGUGGUGGGAGCACGAUCAAUGGAAUGGCCUACGUGCGAGCCGAGGACGUCCAACUUGACGCUUGGCAGUCCAUCGGCAACGACGGCUGGAACUGGACGAGCCUGUUUCCUUACUACCUCCAGAGCGAGAACCUGACCUUGCCGACGGCCGCGCAGACGGAAGCAGGCGCAACAUACGAUGCCUCCGUGCAUGGCUCCCGCGGUCCUCUCAAGGUUGCUUUCCCGCAUAUGCAGAGAGGUGGGAAUGACCUUACGCCUGCGGUGAACCUGACGCUUCUGUCUGCGGGAAUCCCGUGGAACGUAGAUGUCAAUGCUGGGCGCAUGCGUGGGUUUAGUAUUUACCCCUGGACGGUCGAUGAGGAGGCGUAUAUCCGGCAUGAUGCGGCUCGGGCUUAUUUCUGGCCGUUUGAGUCGCGAUCGAACCUGCAUGCCUGGUUGAACACGAGAGUGAAUCGGAUUGUUUGGAGGGAGGGGCCCGGUGAAGAGAACAUCAGCGCAGCUGGCGUGGAGGUUACUGCACAAAAUGGCACUGUAAGUGUUGUGAUGGCGAGAAGGGAGGUGAUUCUCUCCGCUGGAGCCCUCAAGUCCCCCACCAUUCUUGAGCUCUCAGGAGUCGGUAAUCCACGCAUCCUCAAUCGACACAACAUCCCUGUUCGAGUCUCGCUCCCGGCCGUCGGAGAGAACCUACAGGACCAGAUGAACACUCUUAUGACAGCGUCGACGCAUUCACCCAUCACUGGCGGCAGAACCGUCACUUUCGCGUCAGCCACAGACAUCUUCAGUGAGGACACCGCCUCCCUCGCCAACCUCACACGUAUCCAUCUCCCCUCGUACGCUGCCGUCGUCGCCAACAUGAGCCACGGAGCCAUGCUGCCUGGGCACCUGCAGCACCUAUUUCAAGUCCAACACGACCUUAUCUUCAAGAACAACAUUCCUAUCGCAGAAAUAAUCUUCAAGCCCGGCGGCGAGAAAACAGUCAACGCCGGGUACUGGGGCCUACAGCCCUUUGCGCGUGGGGACGUGCACAUCCGCUCUUCUGAUCCGACAGCCCAGCCCACGAUCAACCCCAAUUACGGCCUGUUGGAGUGGGAUGUCCAGCUGCAGGUUGCAAUUGCCAAGUCCAUCAGGCGGAUGUUUCGCUCUGCGCCGCUCGAGGGGAUGAUUGAGAAGGAAUCGAGGCCUGGUCUUUCGGCGGUUCCUGGGGGUGCCGCGGAUGAGGUGUGGGCGAACUGGUUGAAAGAUAACUAUGCGUCCAAUUUCCAUGCCAUUGGCACAGCGGCCAUGAUGCCCCAUUCUCUAGGCGGAGUCGUUAACAAUCGGCUGCAGGUGUACGGCACGGCCAAUGUUCGCGUUGUCGAUGCGUCUAUUCAUCCGUUUCAGCUUUGCGGACACCCGAUGGCUAACCUUUACGCUAUUGCAGAGCGUGCGGCGGAUUUGAUCAAAGAAGACUGGAUAGCCUAG